AUGCCCUCCCGCUUGCGUGUUCCNCAGCAGGACCGCUGGAUCUUGGUGGAUUCUAUGGUGAAAAGGCGCUGUUUCGCUUCUGCAGCGGUCGUGAGCGGUAGAGUUUUGGUGGUGGGUGGUCGAGAGAACGAUCAUGACUCUGGAAUUCUAGACUGUUGCGAGAUGUAUGAUCCUACCAGUGAUCAGUGGACCGUGGAGCCUGGGAGACUGAACACAGCGCGCUGUGCUGCUGGGAUAGGCGCUCUGGCAAAUCGUGUUUUCGUGUUUGGAGGCGAGAGCGAAGAAGAUGCACUGGAUAGCGUGGAAUGCUGGGAUGUUGAAGUCCGUCAGUGGACCAUUGCAACACACAUGCCGUUCAGCGCCUUCCACGUUCAAACUGAGGUUCUUUGUCUACCCAAAAAAAGACUUGAUGAGUAUUUAGGGCCCAGAUAAACACCAGACCAGGUUGUUCAAAAGGUGGAUAACAUUGUCCACCAGGGCUUGAAGUUAUUCGAAGGCUGUAUAACGCUAUCCUCCUGAUAAAUCGUUAUCCAGUGGAUAAGUGUUAACAAAACAAACCACGUAAUCCACUGGAUAGUAAUUUCGAACA